GUUCCCUUCACUUGGACUUGAUCCUUCAUGAACAACCACGUAUUUUAUUCACCUACAACUUUCUUCAAACCGGGGAGAAAAAAUGUCGCCCCAAGAACCUCCAAGCAAGCAAGACGAGUUCUGGAUAUUUGGUUACGGAAGCUUGAUCUGGAAGCCGCCGCCGCACUUUGAUAGAAGAAUCCCCGGUUGGGUAGAAGGCUACGUACGCCGGUUCUGGCAGGCCAGUGAAGACCACCGUGGCACGCCCUCCGCACCCGGCCGCGUGGUCACCCUGAUCGAGCGCUCCUACUGGGCCUCGCUCGCCGAUCACCACGACUCGGCGCCCGCCAAGGUCUGGGGCGUGGCCUACCGAAUCAAGGCCGACCGCGUCGCCGAAGUCAAGGAGUACCUCGACAUCCGGGAGAUCAACGGGUACACGAUUCACUGGACCCCGUUCCACCCGGCCUCCGACGUAGACCCUGCGUUGCUUCCUCCAGCGCAAAAGGGUCCCAUCCAGACCCUGGUUUAUAUCGGCACGCCCGACAACGCCCAGUUUACGGGGCCGCAGGAUCCGCAGGAGCUUGCCGAACACAUCUAUCGGAGCAAGGGGCCGAGCGGUCUGAACCGGGAUUAUCUGUGGGGGUUAGAGAAGGCGUUGGAUGAGCUGAGUCCCGAGAGCGGCGAUGAGCAUGUGAAGGACCUGUCAAACCGGGCGAGGGCGGUGGCUGCGCGGUAUAAGAGUGAGGGAAAGCCCGACCCGACCGACGAGAUUGAUACCGCGACCGAGGUUGUCGAGGUAAACGGAACAACAGAAGCAACACAUGACGAACACCACCACCAGUUCAGAAGAGCUGGCAGCGUAGAUGAGCAGGAGGAGACCGAGAAGACAUCAUAGAAGGAAGAAGUCCGAAGAAGACCCCAUCAUUCAAAGUCAUAUCGUCGUUAC